AUGGGGAACGGAUGCGAUGGUAGGAAAGGACAGCGAAGCAUUACUCCCGAAUUUUUUCUUAUGGCAAAUAAGCCACAAUUAACAUUUGCUCGGAUUGUAUCCGGAACUAUCGAUACGAACGGUGCUAGUACUAGAGGUGUUGCGAUAACGCAAAUCCCUGUCACUGCCGCGGUUGCUUCAACUACUACUGCUGCUACUAUUACUGCUAUUACUACUACUACUACCACCACCACCACCGCCACUACCACUACUACCACAACAACUACUACUACAACUGUUACUGCUGUUACUACUACUACUGCUACUACUACUACUGCUACUACUGCUGACUACUACUACCGACUACUACUACUGACUACUACUACUGACUACUACUAUAAUAAUUUUACUAUAGAGCAAAAGAUUUUCACAAAUUUUUCCUGA